UACAACAGCGAGAUGAUUACGAUCUCUUUUCGAUCGCGUACCUCGUAUAUAAAUAUGUACCGUCUCGGCUCUUUUCUUUUUCUCUCAUAAAGCUAGCAACGCCAGAAGUGCCAGCAUCUCUGCUGCGGGUGCGUAAAUGUGUGAGUGUGUGCCUGCACGAGACUCUUCGCAGCAGAGAGUCACAUAAGUAUAUAUAGCCGCCCUCCGAUCGCGUGCUCCAUUGUGGAAUUUAUACAUAUACGUGCAGUGCAUCCCGUAUAAUGUACGCCACUUGCCAACGGCAAUAGUAUACGCGCGCCAGUGUGUAGAGCUUUUUUCGUCGUCGUCGUUGUUGUUGCUGCCGCCGCCGCCGCUGCUGCUUUCGCCUCGCUCCCUCUUCGAUAUAUAUCCGCACGUGUCCUGACUGUUUAUACGUACCGCAGCUGCUUUAGAUAAAAAGUGCAGGACAGCAGCGCAGCAGAGUGGAUAAGAGCCGAGGGACCGCCAGUAGGCGCUUUUGACAGCUGCGCCGCUGUAUCCAGUCGCCGAAUAUGAAGCGCCCGUGGCUGCUGCUAGCUUUACUCGCACUACUGCAGGCGUCACCGUCGAGGAGCGACGACGACGACGAGCAUUACAAGCCUGUACCUAAAUUAUACGGCGACAGAAUUCCCAGGAGGGUGCUCGAUCCCAGCGACAAGAAAGUCCAGAGAAAAAUCGUCCUUUAUCACAACUUCUUCCGGAGCCGCGUCGAUCCGCCAGCCGCCAACAUGCUCGUCAUGAAGUGGCAUUCCGGAGCGGCUAAGGCAGCGCAGAAAUGGGCCGAGGAGUGUUACGCGUUGACGCACGACAAUGCAACUGGUUUGCAUACCGACGCUUUCGGAGGCUGCGGUCAAAACAUCUUUAUCUCGACGGCGCAGAUGCCCUGGUUCUUCGCCAUAAAGACGUGGUUCUCGGAGGAGUCGCUGUUCAAAUACGGCUCCCAGGAGCACAAUGAGCUGGGCAAGGUCGGCCAUUACACGCAGAUGGUCUGGGCGACGAGUCAUCACGUCGGCUGCGGUUGGGCCGAGUGCGACGGCAAGCGCGGUCCCCGCGGUAUUCCCUACUUCAGCUACGUCUGCAACUACUGUCCAGCGGGCAACCGGGAGGACUUGCUGUCGACCCCGUACGAGAUCGGCGAUAGCUGCUCGGCCUGUCCAGGCGACUGCCGACUCGGCAAGCUCUGCAAGAACUCGUGUCCUUGGGCGGACCUCUGGGCGAACUGCCGACAGCUGCACGACACGUGGCCCGGCUGGCUCUGCGACUCGGACACUGAGCAGGGCCGCGAGAGGCGCAAAUUCUGCCGCGCCACCUGCCACUGCCGUGGAAAAAUCUUCUAAAUCGUUCGUAAGCGCGACCCUGCCGCGUGACAACUGUGAGAUACUUAUAAAUUAUAUAAAUAUUAAAUUAUAAGUUUGAGAUGUAA